AUGGCCCGGUGGAGCCGGUGCCCCGCCUACGCCGACCACGUGGCGCACGAGCGGGGCGGCCGGGGGCCCUUUGCUGGCGGCACCGUGUACCAGACCCACGAGGAGUGCGACAGGCUGCUGCGGGGCCACUGUGCGGAGUGGGAGAGCGGCGAGGUCGUGCGCAAGAACGAGCUCGGGUUCCUUGUCCUUGACGACGGUAUCUUCCCCGCUCCACACUGGUCGCUGAGCCUCGCGCACCCCGUGGACGUCCACCGCGUUCAGCGGCGUUUCGCCAGAGAGUUGAUCGGUCGCAUUCCUGGGCGGGGCACGCUGCUGCAGGAGGUCAGCCGGUUCAUGCACGGCCGCACCAGUAUUGAGUUUCCCAGGGAUGUGGACGUGUGGUGGUCGCGGAUGUUAUGGACAUACGUCGCCGGCCACGAUGUUGAUGAGGCGUUCGCCCAUGGGUUCAUCAAAAUGAGGGAUUCGUGGCUAUUGGGAUCGGCUGGCCAUGUAGGCCAGAUUUCCGUCCUCGACCUGAAAUUCACAAACGACGGCGUGUUACGGGGCCAGGUCAAAUAUCGCGAUAUGAUUGCGCAGAAGUUACCGUUCGAGGUGCAAGAGGAACACCGUGCACUUGUCGCCCAGGGCAUCCUUGAGAUGUUUUGUUUCGCUGGCGGGUUGUCGGUUCCAUCGACCAUCAGAUCUGCAGUUGCUUGCAUCUACACGGGCAUCAUGACAGAGGCGAUCACGCUCCACAAUGUAGAGGCGUUUGUCUACGAGGUCACGAGGUUGUUCCCGGCAGUGCAGGGAUUCCCUUGGCACAAGGACGGCCACCGCCACAUUGCGCACCUGGCCGCAGCCCUCAGGGACCCGAAGGCAUGGGGCCCGGACUCAGACAAAUUCACGCUGAAGGAUUUGAACACGUACAGGGAAAAGCAUAUUGGAUUUGCCAAGUCGGCCAGAAGCGCCACGGACGACAACAAUUCGAGGUUCUGCCCUGGGGCUCAACAGGCCCUUGACGCUUGUCAGGCAUUCGUCCUUGUGCUGAGCUCCCCAUCCAGCUGCCACAAAUUAGUCGCCGAACCUGCGUGGCGCUCGGCUGAAAGAAUUCAACCCGCAACGAAACCUGAUUAUUUCAAGUCUUUCGCAUUGGAGAGAGACGGUGUCAACUUGCGCGAGAACCUUUCGCUAUACCAAAGCUUUGUCGACGGCAGCCAGACUGGGGAACAGGCAUUUGCCGACUGCACCCCUGAGGACUUUGAGUCUUUCAUCAAAACGGUUGACAGUGACGGGGACGGGGUCCCCGAUGCAUUGUCUGCGAUGGACGAGUUCACGAAGUUCUUCUACAGGGCAUCCACGCUUGCCUGGGAAGACAACUACCACAUCACCGAGGUUGAGGUGCCCAGGAGGCCAGCGGCUCCCCUGACGAGUCACAACAGCGUCGUGUUACCGGUUGGUGGUGUCCGGAUGCCGACGGAGGACGAGCAGUGGAGCGGCACGCCCGUGUGGAAGAUCUUGGCACAGCGGGCCUUCAGGGUGCUGGCCAGCAGGAGCAGCGACUCCAUGAGCGAGCAGCUCCUCGUGAGGGACGACGAGUCGCGCAGGCGGGCGGUCUGCCUGGCCAGGCUCGCGUUCGCUCGCGAGCGCGAGGGCUCGCACCUGCCGCCCGCGAAGGACGUGUGGAGGGAGUUCUCGAGCGACCCGGCCCAGGGCCUUCUGGCGCUAUACGGCUGGGGGCAGCUGGACCUCCAGCGGAACAAGGAGCCAGCACGCGAGGGCCUCGGGGAGUUCGUAGUCGAUCCGCUCAGCAGGCUGUUCGGGUCUAUACUUGGACUGGCCAUCCUCCGACAUACCUGUGCGGGACACCGAGCAGUUCGAACGCCUCGGGGCCUCCGCAUUCUUCGACCGCGGAGACUCGGGCGAGCUGCGCAUCACGGCGAUCCACUGGUGUCACGGUGGCUGCGUCGUGAGGCCCGGGGACUACGCAUGGGAGCACGCGAAGUACGUGUGGAGAUCGUUCCACGGGGUACGGUGGCGGACUUUGGGCGUGAAGGUGACCGCAGUUGA